UCGAAACUGCCAGGACGCCCGACCGUACGUCGGCGCCAUGGACGCCGGGACAGCAGCCGCGACGGAAUUGAGGAGAGCUUUUCUUAGGCUGGAUUGGCGUUCCAAUUUGGUUCCCCCUCUUCUUGGAUUGCAAUAUGGUUGGGCGCACUUCGGCGCACACGAGUCGCUCGAUGAAAUGCGGCGGCACUCGCACUCCGUCGAAGACGCCGGCCCGCUCCGCCUGGCUUCGGGCUUCUGGAACAACCAGCGUAACCGCCAGUUGCAUACCCCUAUAAAGUGACCGCCGGCUUCGUCGGCCCUGCCGCCUCCUCUCACCUUCACCCUCCAGCCUCCCACCUCCAGCCUCCUCCCACCUCCGUGCCCCCUCCAUCCUCCUCCCACCUCCACCCUCCACCCUCCUCCGCGCCUGCCGCCAUGGAAGCGGCACGCGUCUUCCUCCCCCUUCCACGCCGCCCACCGGUACUCUUGCCGCUUCCUCCACGCGCCCCGCUCCUUCUUGCCGCCAGGCUCCCGCCGCGCGCCAUGUCGGACCAGGAGCACGAGGAGGUGGUCAGGUGGCUGGCGAGGGUCUACGGCUGGCUCAAGAAGGGGAAGAAGCUGGCGAAGGGCAUGACUCGCCUCACGGCCAGCUCUCCGUCGAGAAUGAAGAAACGCCUGCUCGCGUGCCCCGCCCCGUCCUUCCCCGACCUGCGCGACUUGAUCGAGCGGCUGGCUCGGAGGGCCGACGCCGUCACGCUGGCGGCACUACUCGGGGCGGCGCUGCUGCUGUACAUUAUCACGAGGUCGGGCGCCGACGCCGACGAGGAGGAGGAGGAGGGGAUCGUCCUCACCGCGCGCCUUCCGCCAUCGGCACGGCGGCACCUGGUCCUCAUGACCCUGCCCUUGGUGCCCCGCGGACCCGGAGCACGGCGACCUCCGUGGGCGUGGAGCCUGUGCUUCCACGGGCACGCUGCCGCCGCAGUACACCCGCAGGUACGUAUGUGGGAUUCUUGCGGUUGCGGAUUCUUGCCCUAUUGCUUGAGAUUCUUGCUCUUGAUUCUUUUUUCGUGGCAGCGUCUCAUCUUCCCAGGGUGUCAUGACCGCACCGAGCAGCGCCGCUUCUUGGCAGGGAGCCAUGGCGGCACCCAGCAGCGCCCCAUCUUCGCAGGGAGCCAUGGCGGCACCCUGCAGCGCCUCAUCUUGGCAGGGAGCCUUGGCCGCACCGCACCCAGCAGCGCCUAUGCUCACCUCCUCCAUUCCCCCACCGACAACGCGGCAGCCUAGAGAAGCUGCGACGCCAGGAUACGGAUGAUGCAGGCGACAGGAAGUUCAUAAUCUCAGAAGUUUCGCCGCCUCCGACGCAACGACAACAAAAAUGAACACCUACUUUUGCCUAUAGAUAGAUUGACAUAUAUGGAUACAUAGAUGCAGGUUCAGAAUACAGGACAAGCAGAUCCCUCGCCCGUUUUUGGCUUUGCCGCUCGUCGAAGUAGACUUGUUUCAAUUCUAGUUCAGAAUAUAGAUAGAUGCAGGUUUCUGCUGUAAACUUGAUUCACAACUAUGCUACAGGAGAGGAGACACGAGAACAGUGGCGUCUGAACCCGGAACAAUGUUAACUGCGCCUCGAAUUCUUUGGUUUUCAGUUGCGCAUUAUGAGUAA